AUUACACUUUUAUCCACAAAGCGAAAUUUCAACGAUCCAAUUCCUCAAUCAUUCAAUCAAUGGCUUCCACGUCUGCUUCGUUUCUUCUCUCUUCUCCGUUCGUCGGCUCCGCGAUUUCCGCGGCGGAGGUUGCUCGGCCAAGGUGCGUCAGUUUCCGACGGCCGGUUUCCGUCUCCGCCUCCUGCGCAACGGCGGAGAGGACGACUGUCCAGACUCCGCAGAGUUCGCUUUACGACGUUCUAGGGAUUCGGACGGGCGCGUCCGGCCAGGAAAUCAAAGCGGCGUACCGGAGAUUGGCUAGGGUUUUGCAUCCGGACGUUGCGUCCGGCAGCGUGAUUCAGGAGUCGUCGUCGUCGCCGGCGGAGGAUUUCAUCAGAGUUCACGCGGCGUACUCGACUCUCUCUGAUCCGGAAAAGCGCGCCAAUUACGACCGCUCGCUACUCCGAUCUCGGCAUCCUGUUGCUGCCUCGGUGAGAGGAUAUUCCGUCCGCAGAUCUGCGCUUAGGAAAUGGGAGACAGAUCAAUGCUGGUAGCUCCGGCGACUCCGCAGAUCGCAGAAAAUCAUGUUAUUCUUUGAUUAGGUGCAGAUCUUAGUGAUAGAUCUCAAUACUUUGUACAGAAUCGACUCGAAUUUGAGAUUCGAGUUUAUAGCUAGGUUGAUGCUAAAGUUCAUUGUGAUUUAUUCAGACGCCUAUUUUUGAAGUCUGAAUCCAUAUCAUGAAUGAAAGAAAAGAAGUUUCUAAUU